AAAUUACAUAAGCUGUACGUAGAAAGUCAAACCUUGCUACCAAAUGCUUAAUAAGUGGAUUUGCUCUUGCACCGUGCUAGAGAUACGGUUUGGCACUUAGCGGGGUUAGGCUGUUCCUGAAUCCGCAUCCCUCCUUGUCAGCCCGCCAGGCCGCUGCUCGCCCAGACCAACGUCAUUUAGAUCGCAUUAACCUGCAUUACCCUAUUAUCCAUCUCUCUAUUAUUCCAUCAGGUCCACUAGAUCCAACCACUACUCUACCUACAUGUAGAUUUGGUAUACAGCUACCCUUAUUGAAUUGAGGGUGCUCUGCCAGAUCCUAAUACAAGGCUCCCCGGUAGGAGCCGCCCUCAUUGAAGCUUCAUCCAACCCAACCAAGUCGAAUUAUAUCUCCUGAUCUCCUAAUAUACCCCCUAACACCGCUUCUCCCAAGAUGGAGAGCCUCAAAUCGCUCUUCGUCAAGCCGGAUCCCAAUGCCCAGAUGCGAAAAUGCAACGCCCUAAUCCGCUCCAACAUCCGCAAACUCGACCGCGACAUCAGCCAAGUCAAACAAGUCGAAAUCAAGACCAAAAACCUAAUCGUCCAAGCCGAUCGCCGGGGACAGCGCAACCCGCAACAAGCACGGCAAGCCCAACGCGAAGCGCGUGAUUUCGCGCGCGAACUGCUACGAGCGCGCCGGACAUCGCAAAGAUUAGUUACGUCGAAGGCGCAGCUUGCGUCCGUGCAGAUGCAGGUCAAUGAAGCGUUUGCGGUGCGCAAGAUCGAGGGGAGUAUUCGCGCUUCGGUGGGUGUUAUGAAGGAUGUAAAUGCACUUGUGAGGCUGCCACAGCUUGCGGGCACGAUGCGGGAGUUGAGUGUUGAGUUGAUGAAGGCUGGUGUUAUUGAGGAGAUGGUGGGCGAGAGUCUGCCGGUUGAUGAUAUGCUUGAGGAUGAAGAGGAAGAGGCUGAGGGUGAGGUUGAUAAGGUGCUUGGUGAAAUAUUGAAGGGCAAGAUGGAUAAGGCGGGACAGACGCCUGCGGAGGUGCCGGCGCAGCCAGAACCAGAGCCUGUUGCGGCGCAGAGAUUGGACGAGGAAGAGGAAGACCAGGAGGCCAUGAUGGAUCAGAUGAGGAACAGAUUGGAAGCUUUGAGAAGCUAGACCAGCGAAGAAGAUGGACGAGUCGUUGUUUGAAGUCUAUCUACUAGAUACUUUGGGAAGAAACAACCUUACUGUUCUUGAGUCAUAAUUCGUAUCGGCGUUACGGAGUAGCAUCUACCGGGUUACGAUCACGAUCAUCAUCAUCAACAUCAUCGUUAUUGCUAUCAUUGUCGGAUUGGGUAGGCAACAGUACUUAGUAUUCAGAUCAUGAUGUUUUCUCGAAGCAAGAACAGACGGCCAGGACGCUCGCGUAUAUACAAUUACUAAGUUCGAUGUCUAUCUAGAAUUAGAUUUUAUACAUGGAUCGGCGCUUUUUACUAUUUUAUCACGGGGCCUAU